UUCGUGUUAUUAGUUCGGCCGCAACUUUGAAGCACCUUAAAAGCUCCAAUUAUUCACCUGAGUUGAGUUGUUUUAUCGAUUGCACCUCCUUCCAUGCCCUGUCUGAUACGUUGCUAGAUAUUAUAAUAGCGUGCAACUCGAUAAGGAUCUAAAAAUGUGUCACAGAUCAAGAAUGUGUGUCAGUGGAUGGGAUAUUGCUGAAGUAGGUCAGAGGUGCAGAAACAUUGCCGCGGCGAUGGAAACUGAUGUGGUUGUGAAUUAGAAAGUAUAUGAAAUAUCAAUAGUCAUGUAUGGGAUGUUGAAUGUUGGAUCAAAUGUGGGCAAUAAGGUGGAAUGGAUAGCGGCAGACUCGAGACGGUCCCAAACGGGGCUGUGCAUCUGGACACAGUGAGAGCACUGCAUCAAACUGUGGUAUCUUUACGGACUGCUUUGGAAGUGUCUAAGAAUGAGUUAAAAGCUUUAAAAGAAAAGUAUGAACAGCAUUCUCAAUGUACAGAGUAUGCUGAUGUUAUUGAGAAAUUGACUAUUGAGAAUCAUAUUUUGAGACGUAAGAUUAUAGAAGGUUUUGACGAUAGAGAGUCUCCAGCAAAGAACAUUACACUACAAGUCACAUAUAGUCCGAGGCCUCAAAGUGGUUUGGACUGUGGUGGUGUAGUGGUGAUACAGACUGCUACUACAGAUGUGCAGGAGACAGCUGAUACAGGAGAGAGGCCUGUAGAGGAAGAAGAAAGUCCCAUUGAGGCAGAGAGAGAAGAAUCUCCUGACAAUCAACCAGAAUUCUGUUCCACAGAUAACUUAAACCAAUUAGAAGUUGGCUUUGCUGCAACAGAAGCAGUUCUUACUUCAGGUGAUUCCCCAGAAGUGAAUGUGAGUGCAGAAAUAAGCCCUCACGACAACACUGAAAUUGAAGAAAUUCACAGUCAGAUAACUACAUACCCCAAAGAUAGUGCUGCCACAAAUCAUCAAAGUUUUAAAACAAAAUUAGAACUUCUAUCAAAAUUUGAUGUCAGAAUAAAAGUAAGGAGUCUAAAAGAAGGUUCUAUAAUAUCUAGUACAACUUCGGAAAGUGGUUCUACAACCACUGAUGAGAAUAGAGAAAGAGUAAAUAAAGAUAAAGCACAUUUCGAAUUUGAUGAAAAAAGAGAACAUUUUGAAAAUACUGAAGGUCCGUCAGGUAGCAAAAUCAAUUUAAAAUCUGUUGCUACUGAGAACAUAAAGAUGGCCGUGCCGAAUGAAACGGAGGCUAAGUCCAAAGUUGACAAGUUUAAUGUCCAGGUGAGGAUCACUUCGGAGGAGAAUUUGGUUGUGAAAGAAAAUGUUGAGAGAAGCAGACAGAAGGACACACUCAACUUGGAUGUGGAUGACUUAAGUCUCAGGUCAAUGUCUGAAGGAGACAACUCGGUAUUUUCCGAAGGUGUCGUGACGCCGGUGGAGCCCCCCGCCGGGGAUGAUAAGUUGGACCCGGAGAAUGCCAGCGGGAAUGAAUCUGAGGAGGUUGACGAUAUUGAGCUCAUAUUCACCACUGAUGAGUCUAAGGAUAUGAGCAAUUUGCAGGAGGAUCUUGUGUCCAUCAGGGAGACGGAUCACUGGACCCCUGGUUCCACUUCGACCACUCAUUCGACCCCGGUGCUCAUCAAGUUCCACACCUUAGAUCCUGACUUCCAACCAGGGGGCGAAACAUCCGACAACGCCGAGAACGAAAACCAAGAAAACAGCAGCUUACAGAAUGUGAUAGCUGAAUCUACUCUUAAGAAAAGAGUUUCACUGCCAUCUGAUAAAGAAAUAAGACAUGUGGCGUUCAACAGCAAAGGAAGCCUGGAUUUGCCAGGCCGAGGGAUAUUAAAGAGUUGUGAUAACAAAUCUGAUAAUAUGUUGUACAAGCGGAGUCCUAAUACAAGUACUAGGAGAUUAGACAGUGUUGAUAGUUUGACCUGUGAAUAUAAUAGAGGCUUGAGUUUCGAUAAUACGAAGUCUUCGAGCUUCGAACUUGGCUCGAGCAUGGAUAUCCUCCAUAGAGAAGAGAGCAUAGACAAUUUUCAUAAGACCCAUCAUUUGGGCCACCGGUUCUCGGUGUUUGCUGAAACGGAUAUUUCAAAGUGCGGCAUUUCUGAAGAGGAUUUGGGAGGGAACUUGAAUGCGAGGAGGAAUACGUGCCCCAAUCCUUUCCAAUAUCGGGCUCCAGCAGUGCGCGGCGCCGGGCGGCCGCCGCGGCGCCCCGCGCUGCGCCCGCCGGCCCCGCGCCGCGACAGCGCCGCGCAGACGCUGCUCUCCGCGCUGCCGCCGCGCUGGAGCUCCGACGGGCAUCUGGCGCACAAGAUGCCGCUGUGGAGCGCCCCGCCCACCGUCCCGCAGCGCGCGGCGCCCAGUGCGCACACGCACGUGUCUCGCCGGCUGACGGUACCCAACGCGCGUCCGCCCGCCAUGGCCGAAGACGAGCGACGAGUCUUAUUGAGCGAUAUCGGCUUCACGUCAAUGGUCCCGGAGCUGUCCCGCUCGGCCGACCCGGUGUGGGCUCUCACUAAGCGACCUUCACACGCCGAUUCGCCCGUAUCCACUUCUACGUCCAAAUUCAUAUCGCGCGGUUCUUCGUUCCGCUCGCCGUGCCUCAGCAUGGACCGCAGCAGCGACUGGAUACCGCAGGCUCUGUACACCCCGUCUGCACGAGCGGAUUACCGAUCGUGGCGCAGUUCCAUGCCGGACGUGCGUCGCGACGACACCGAGGAGUUGUUGUUGGAAGCCGAGCGGUUUGUGCGCGGCUCCGUAGACAACGUGCGAGCCGCCUCCUUGGACCUGGAAUCCGGCUACGGUCAAGCCUGGGGCCGCGCCGGGUCUAGCCCCGGGGCGGACGUGGCGGGGGGCGCCCCGGGCGGCGGGCAGCCCUACAUCCCCGCGGAGCCCCGCCAGCUGCGGCUGGGGCACACCGUCAAGCUCAUCGCGCAGGGCCGCGUGCUCGUGGGCCGAGUCAGGUAUGUCGGGCUGGCGGGCGGCAGCGCGGCGGCGAGCGGCGUGGUGGUGGGCGCGGAGGUGGCGGCGCGCGGCGCCCGCAACGACGGCGUGUUCCGCGGCCGCCGCUACUUCCUGGCCGCCCCCCACUCCACCGCCGUGUUCGUGCCCUUCUCCAAGGUCGUCAUGGCCUGGCCUAACUAGCGACCUCAUGUACACAACAUACAUACAUAAAAUCACGCCCCUUUCCCGGAGGGGUAGGCAGAGACUACCUCUUUCCACUUGCCACGAUCUCUGCAUACUUCCUUCGCUUCAUCCACAUUCAUAAC